GGACUGCAGCACCUCCACCUGAACAGUUCCAGGUUGGCUCAGUGGUCGUGGGACUCUUUGGCAAGAACCUGUACAAGCACAGCAAAUAUGGGAAAUAAUUUGACUGUUCAAGAAGAAGCUGAAGACCAAGAUAAUGUGUGUACAACAGAGAAUUAUCAGGUUGUGUCUGAACCUCCUACCGGUGCUAAAAAUGGACCUGUCACAAUUCAGGUUGUACAGACUGUUUCUUCUGAAAACGAUAAAGUGGAUGCAAGGACAAGCGUUGAACAGAAUAAUGUGGCCGUUUCUUCCCAGAAGACAACAGAGAUAAGCUCCACUUCUGAUGCAAAUGGAAAAAAUCUUGGGACUGAGGCCAAGAAACCCAUGCCAGCUGCAAAAUCUCGUUUUGUCUUUUCUUUUUCACGGCCUGUACCAGGACGUACUGAAGAGCAAGCUACAGACUCAUCAGUUGGAUCAGCUAAGCUUGAUGUCAGUUCAGAGAUGCCUGAAGUGAACAAAGCAUCAAGUGAGAAAGUAGAUAGUCCUGCAACAGCUGUGCUGGAGGAAGGGUCCGAUAAAAACCUAAGCCAGGCCCCUUCUGCAGCAGAACUUAGUGACACUGAACUAAUAGCAUUAGCAUCACCUGAGACAGAGGACGCAGCCUCAUCAAAGACAAAACAAGUAACUUUCUUUGACAGACUCUUCAAACUGGAAAAGGGGAAGGAGAAAGAAAAGAGUAAGACACAAGUUGAAACCCAAGAGGAAAGCCAGAUUGCGGACAUUCCUGACGCAGGCAUCACAGCGGAAGAGGCUGCUGGAUUACAGAGCACACCAAACAAUGUCCCACAGGGGAAGGACAUAGAUGAUUGCAACCAAAAAGCCGUGCAGCAAGGCUCAGCAGGUGUCAAUACUGACGAGGAAGCAGUAAAACAAGAGAACCCCAAGGCAUUUGCCACAACAGACAACAAUAAUUCUGUCAUGAGUUUCUUUAAAAUGCUGGUUUCACCAAGCAAAUCAGAAGCCAAAAGUGACUCUGAGGACAAGGAAUCCAAAGUGGAAAAGGGCCAUGGUGGGCAUCCUGCUCAGAAGACAGCAGCAGAAUCCCAAGCUAAAGGAGCCAAGAAAAAGAAGUCAGAGAGUCCCAAAUUAGGACACAAAACAUUUAGCAAACUCUUUAGGCAUAAGUCCACAAAAGAGGCCCCACAGACAACUAAUGCCCAAGGUGCUGAACAACAGCCUGUCACCUCUGUCAAUGUAAAAUCUGAAAAAAAUGCCCCUCCCUCUCAAGAAUCACAGACAACAAAGCAGAAUGCAAAAGCCUCUGAACCUGCAACUCAGCAGCAGGCAACAGCAGCAACUACCGAAGCCCCCAAAGAUAUGACUAAGGAGAGACCUGCACCUCCUUCCACACCAUUGAGCAAACUCUUCUGGAAAAAGACUGCACCAGAAGACACAGAGGUUGUAAUCAAUGCGAAAGUGGAGGCAUCUUUAGAAGCAGUGGCUCCUGACAAAGAUGAGACUAAAAGCCCAGAAACUGCAGAAGUAAAACUUAGAAGAGAAGAAAAUAAAAACCCCAAAACAAACCUGAGGAAGUUUUUUAAACUGUCAGUCAAAAAUGAUGGAGGGGCUACCAGUUCAGAAGAGGUAAAUGGGCCAGACCCCAGUCACCAACAUUUUCUAUGGCACUGGACUUCCAUGGCCAAAUCAUGGCUUGUUAAUCACCUGACAUCAGGCUCCACAGAGAGGCCAGUUGCGCCAACGGAAAGUGAACCUGUGGGCCAGAAGAGCAAGGAGAGUUCAAAAGACAAAACGUCUACAACAGAGCUGAGCAAACAGGAAACCCAAGAUCAGCAAGACUCCAGAGAACAGCAAACCACAGCCACCGACUCAAUCCAGAAUGGAGGAGACACUGCGAAGGACUCCCCCCUCAAGAAAAUGGAGAAGAGACAGUCAUUUGGAGGCUUUUUUAAGGGCUUAGGGCCGAAACGGAUGUCUGAUGCUGAAGUGCAAACAGAUCCAGUGUCUAUUCUACCUGCUGGAAAAUCCAAGUAAUGAAUAUGCUUGGCUGCUGAAGAAUCAGCCACUCUCUAUGAGCUCCCUUGCAGUAAAGAUGUCUCAUUAUUUUCCUUUAUAUGGCCGUCAUCAAAUGAGGGCCAUGCUGAAGGCUAAAGGCAAUGUUUGUGUACAUUUGAGGUGUAUCAUUUACAGAAUUUGUUCAUUAGAUGUUAGUAAGUAACUGUAAAGGUCAUUGAGAAACAGUCUGUAAUAUUAUAAUUAAAGGGAGGUCAUGUGAAUGAUUUUUAAGUCUAUGGGGGUGAGAGGAAGUAUAGGUGAGGUCAGCAAGUGGCAGUGAAAAAGAUGAAUAGCAGAGUAAGUGCAUGUGAUGAAAGGAAUGCAAUUUUUGUGGCAAAGCAGUGAACAAAGAAUUCUCAGCUACAGAGCUUUAAAGCAGUCAUGAAAAAAAUCAUAUUUUGAUAAAAUUUAUAUUUAAAAGUAAAUACCAACCAGCCAACCCUUAUGUAGUUUGACAUUAUGCUGUAAUUAGCAAGGUCUGCAGUAUAAUAGAAUCAGUGGUUUUAAGAUUAUGCUUCAGAUUGGCCUGCAUAUUAUUAAUGUAAAUUAAAAGGCUAAAAUGCAAAGGCUUGAAAUGAUUUAAAGCACAGUUUCUUCCUUGACUUGGUGAGGUAGAAUAACAAAUACAAAUACUUAAACUAUUCAUACAGCACAAGGGGGCGCUAGUAUCUCCACUAUACUAAUUCAGAGGAUGUAUCUACAAUCUUAUGUUGUUAAUGUUUUUCAGAUUUAGAAAAAAUAAAAACCUUAGUUGUUUUGUCAGUUACUCAUCUCCAUUCAUAUCUGUAAUUAAUCCUAAUAAAAAGCAACCCUAAGACUGACCAGAAUUCUCCCUGCUUUACUAAACUCUUG